UUGAUAUCCUUCCUCGGUGAACUAUGGAGAAACUACUUUUUUUGUUGCUUUUGGCGGUGCUGAACGUCGCUCGAGCCCAGGACAAGUCAACCCCGAAAUACUACAAAGAUGGCGGGGUGCUAACGUUGGACCUGAGCCCUCGUCCUAGUGAACCCAUCACCAACCUCGUGUGGAAACAUCAGGGAAACCUGGUGGUGGCCAAGUGGGUCAAAGAUGAAGUUCUGUCUUACUUCAAAACCUUCAUUGGACGCGCAACCGUGGAUGUGACCACUGGACGUUUGGUGAUCAACAACAUGACGAAAGCCGACAUGGGUGUGUAUUCAGUGGAAUUGAACUACAAGGUCCAGAAUGAGCGCUAUGACGCUAUAUUGAUAAAAGAAGUCCCCGAGCCUAUGGUAUGGGUCAGACCGUGGAUGUGUCCCUCCGCGUUGGACCGCUGCACGUUGUCCUGUGAAGGGGUCACCACGAACGAUGGACCCGUCACCUACAGCUGGAAGAAGGGGGACGGAGACUGGACGGAGUCGGGAAAAUACCUGGACAUCACCAAGGAGGAGAGAGCCGAUGUGGAGACCUUCACCUGCCGGAUACAGAACCCAGUCAGCGCGAGACAAAGUAGACCCAAAGAAAACCCGUUCCUAAUACAGGAGCCAGGGAGCUCUAACGUUAAGACGAUUGUGGGUGUCAUCUUCGUGCUCCUUGUUGUUGUUGCGGUUGUUGUGGCUGCAGCGGCGGUUGCGUUAUGUUGUUGCAACAAUCGAGGCUACAACAGACCUGGUAUGCCUACUGGGUCUACAGUUCAACAUGUACAGCCUCCUGGGGUGGCACCACCAUCCGGUACCGAACCGCUUCCUGAUAACUGCUCGACCUGUUUAAAAAUCAAUACAGCGGGAUGUUGGACGAAAGAAGGAUUUGGCUGUGGAAGAAAGACUCAGAUUUAACCAAAAUGGUGCAUG